CGCGCGAGCGAGGGAGAGAGUGCGAGACACUGGUGAGGAAUGACGAGUGUGUGAAACGAGGUACGAAAGUUGGUGGUCGUGCGCGGGAAUCAGCGGUUGUGUGUUUGACCCUUUUAUGCUUGUGAUUCGCGCCGAGGUGGCCCGGCCCGUCGGCGCGGAACGUGUGCUUUUUUUAAUUUCCGGAAAACGGAGCGUGAGUACGUGUAUGAGAGUGAGCACGGUAAAACGUACGAAAGGACAUAAAGUUAAGAUACACAAUGGCAACUUUGGCUGAGCAAGCAUCUAAAUUAUUGGAUUUCAAUCAGAAAUUGGAUAUAACGCUUCUCGACAAUAUAGUAGGAUGUAUGUAUACUGGCAUAGGUGAGCAACAGAGAGUCGCCCAAGAGGUGUUAACGACUCUUAAAGAACAUCCGAAUGCUUGGACACGGGUAGAUACCAUUCUAGAAUAUUCACAGAAUCAACAAACGAAAUAUUAUGGUUUGCAAAUAUUGGAACAAGUUAUAAAGACACGAUGGAAAGUAUUACCGAGAAAUCAGUGCGAAGGUAUUAAAAAAUACAUCGUAGGCCUUAUCAUAAAGACAAGCAGUGAUCCAGAGACGAUGGAAGCUUCCAAAGUUUAUCUUAACAAACUUAACAUGAUUCUUGUACAAGUACUGAAACGUGAGUGGCCAAAAAAUUGGGAGUCCUUUAUCAGUGACAUUGUUGGCGCGAGUAAAACUAACGAGAGUCUCUGUCAGAACAACAUGGCUAUCCUAAAACUUUUGUCGGAGGAAGUGUUUGACUUUUCAAGUGGUCAGCUUACUCAGACAAAAGCAAAGCACUUAAAGGAUACGAUGUGCAGUGAAUUUUCACAGAUAUUCCAGCUUUGCCAAUUUGUGAUGGAUAAUUCACAAAAUGUCCCGUUAGUAGCAGUCACGUUAGAGACGCUACUAAAGUUUUUAAACUGGAUUCCACUUGGUUAUAUUUUUGAAACCAAAUUGAUAACUACUUUAAUAUUCAAGUUUUUGAACGUACCAAUAUUUCGGAACGUUACUCUAAAGUGUCUAACUGAAAUCGCCGGAGUCACCACCGCCACUGUAACGAGUUAUGAUGACAUGUUCGUUAUAUUAUUUAUCAACACGAUGCAGCAGUUGGAGCUAAUGCUCCCACUGGAAACUAACAUACGUGAAGCAUUCGCGGCUGGCCAAGACCAAGAACAAAAUUUUAUUCAGAACCUAGCCAUGUUUCUUUGCACUUAUCUAAAAGAGCAUGGCGAGCUAAUAGAGAAGAAGCAAUUGAAUGAGACACUAGUAAAGGCAUUACAUUACCUCGUUCUUAUCUCUGAGGUCGACGAGGUUGAAAUCUUUAAAAUCUGUUUAGAAUACUGGAACGGAUUAGCAGCUGACUUGUACAAAGAGAAUCCUUUCGUGACCUCGUCGCCGCUUUUCAUGUCUAAGAACAUGACGGUUCCACCGCGAAGAUUAUUUUACGGUCAGGUUUUGACAAAAGUACGAUACAUUAUGAUUAGCAGAAUGGCAAAGCCGGAAGAAGUGCUUGUUGUUGAAAAUGAAAACGGCGAGGUUGUCAGAGAAUUCAUGAAAGAUACUGAUGCUAUUAAUCUUUAUAAGAACAUGAGAGAAACUCUUGUAUAUCUUACUCAUCUCGAUUACUUGGAUACGGAGAAAGUAAUGACAGAGAAGCUGCAAAAUCAAGUUAACGGCACAGAAUGGUCUUGGAAGAAUCUCAAUACGUUGUGCUGGGCAAUAGGCAGUAUUUCGGGUGCUAUGCAUGAAGAGGACGAAAAACGUUUUUUAGUGACCGUAAUCAAGGAUUUACUUGGUCUUUGCGAACAGAAAAAAGGAAAAGAUAAUAAAGCUAUAAUCGCCAGCAAUAUCAUGUACGUUGUUGGCCAGUAUCCACGGUUUCUCCGAGCCCAUUGGAAAUUUUUAAAGACUGUUGUAAAUAAACUUUUUGAGUUUAUGCAUGAAACGCACGAUGGAGUGCAAGAUAUGGCCUGCGAUACUUUUAUUAAAAUAGCACUCAAAUGCAGACGACAUUUUGUUACUGUACAAAUGGGGGAAGCAAUGCCGUUUAUUGAUGAAAUUCUUUCUACAAUUAGCACAAUCAUAUGCGAUCUUCAAACACAGCAAGUACAUACAUUCUACGAAGCAGUUGGCUAUAUGAUAAGUGCUCAAGCCGAUACUGUAGCGCAGGAACAAUUAAUUGAGAAAUACAUGCUUCUCCCUAAUCAAGUUUGGGAUGACAUUAUAAGUCAAGCAUCUAAGAACGUAGAUGUCUUGAAGGACCAAGAUGCCGUUAAACAACUCGCCAGCAUCUUAAAAACAAAUGUUAGCGCUUGUAAAGCUCUUGGGCAUCCGUACGUGAUACAGUUAGGGAAAAUAUACUUAGAUAUGUUGAAUGUUUAUAAGGUUAUGAGUGAAAAUAUAAGUGCUGCGAUAGCUGUAAAUGGUGAGAUAGUAAUGAAACAACCUUUAAUUAAGAGUAUGAGGGUAGUGAAAAAGGAAACAUUGAAAUUAAUAUCGGAUUGGGUAAACAGGACGAAUGAUCAUCAAAUGGUAUUGGAAAACUUUAUACCGCCGUUACUGGACGCAGUUUUACUGGACUAUCAAAAGACGAAUGUUCAUUGUGCUAGAGAGCCCGAAGUGCUUAGUGCUAUGGCCACCAUAGUAAACAAAUUGGAAGCCCAUAUCACUAGCGAGGUGCCCAAAAUAUUUGAUGCAGUAUUUGAGUGUACUUUAGAAAUGAUUAACAAAGACUUUGAAGAAUUUCCGGAACAUAGAACAAACUUUUUCCUUCUCCUACAAGCGGUGAAUAUUCAUUGUUUCCCUGCAUUUCUUUCAAUUCCACCGGCUCAGUUUAAGCUGGUUCUUGACUCGAUUAUUUGGGCUUUUAAACACACAAUGAGGAAUGUAGCUGAUACAGGAUUACAAAUUCUUUAUCAACUUCUAUUAAAUAUUGAGCAGCAUGAGCAGGCGGGUCAAAGUUUUUAUCAAACAUAUUUUACGGAUAUUCUACAACAUGUAUUCAGCGUUGUUACGGACACAUCACACACUGCAGGCCUGACUAUGCACGCGACUAUUCUCGCUUAUAUGUUUACAUUGAUUGAACGUGGGAAAAUUCAGGUGCCGCUCGGCCCUGUACCUGAUAAUACUUUAUAUAUACAAGAAUUUGUUGCAAGAUUGCUUAAAGCAGCUUUUCCGCAUUUAACCGAUAAUCAGAUUAAAAUAACUGUGCAAGGUUUGUUCCAUCUUAAUCAAGAUAUCAACAUGUUCAAGGAACACCUUAGAGAUUUUCUCGUGCAAAUCAAAGAAUAUACGGGUGAGGAUGAUUCUGAGCUUUAUUUGGAGGAACGAGAAACAGCUUUACGGCUAGCCCAAGAAGAGAAAAGGCGGCAGCAAAUGGCAGUACCAGGCAUUAUUAAUCCUCACGAUAUACCAGAAGAGAUGCAGGACUGAAUUAAUCGUAGUCCUUGUAUAUCGUUUUCUGCACAUCUGAAUGAAAAACACUCUGUUAAAGUAAUUAUUGUAUCCUUUGAGCUGUAAUUAUCCCUACGACAUCACUAUCAUCACCAUCAAAAAUAGACAAAUAUUAAUUACUUACUGAAACCGAGUCUGCAAAAAGAAACUACACCCUUGUUAAAGAGGUAAGCCCGAAACGUGGUGUGAACUGUUUGUUUGUUAUAGGAUUCUAAAAAAAAAAUAAAUAAUGAAAAAUUCGAGUUUCCGUUGUGGAUAAUGGGACAAUUGCCUGCUAGCGAUGCUAUUUCAUGUAAUGAAAUAAAAGAAUUGCUUCUCAGAGAAAAUCGAUUGUCUUAAGGAUAACGAUAUCUAUAGGAUAAAAAUUUUCGCAGAUUUAAUUCCCAGUUAAUCAGAAUUAUACAAAGAAAUGAUGGAUAUAGCAAAAGAAACAUUACCAGUCUUCAGAAUUACCCCUCAAAUGAAUCAAUAUAUAUUUCAUACACGAUGAAUUCUCUCUGUAUAAAAUUUUCCACGAAACCUAUAAUACUACUAUAUUAAGUUCCGUUUUAGCAUUUCCAUAUGCGAGAGUUAAGAGAAACGCUAUAGUCCACGGAAUUGUUUUGUGCUCACUAUUGGCCACUUAAAUUUCUUGUCGAAUGAAUAUGGAUAUGUAUGUAU